GAGGGCCGUUUGCGCAGCCAUGCUUUUGCGGGGCGCUCCCCACCUGUCAUCUUUCUGUGUGGUUCUGAUCCUAUCCUAAGGGAUGUUAGAAGACAUUCCCCUGGCAACAUGGUUGUGUUUUCCUACCACUCUGAGAGCAGCGCUCAAGGACACCGAACGGACUGAGAUGGGUGCACACCACUGCCUCCAACAGUUUGGACGGCAUUUGGAAGUGGGAGAGAACGAGCUGGACCGCGGUCCCCGAACUCCCCUCUUCCCGGUUCCACUGCCUCGUGACGUACCCCAACCUCUAACUGCGCCCCCGGCUCCGCCCCGCGUUGAGGCCCCGCCUCCGGGCCCACCCCGCACUGUCGCCCGGCCCCGCGCUCGCGCCCCGCCGUGGGCGCUAGCAACUGUCUUGUCCUGUGGCCCCGCCCAGAGAAGUCCGCCUCCCGGAGUAGCCAGCCCGGGCCCCGCCGGCCCGCUGGGUGGGCGUCGGGCCGCCUUUACUGGCCGGCGGAGGUGACUCGGCGACCUUGGCUAGGAGGCUCUGGCGGGAACCUAUCUACGACAGCCGCUGUGCGGACUUUGCCUAUCGCGGGGAGCGGAGCAGACUGUGUGCCCACGGGCGAUCUGCAGAGAUGUUGGCUUUCGCCGCCAGGACCGUGCCCAGGCAAGUGGCUCCCUCUUACUAGGUUCUGCUCGCCCACUCGGUAGCACAGUUAGGCUUAGAGAUCCAGCCCAAGGCAGACAGACAGGGCUCAGAACCUCAGUCCUGCCAUGGAAGACGGGCAACAGAAAGAGAAGGUGAAGCCCCUGGGCUUCCUCAAGCCCUCCUCCUUGACGAAGGUGUACGGCCGCUUCAAAGCACACCAGGACUCCCUGCCCCGGCUGCCCGUGCCUCCACUCCAGCAGUCCCUGGACCACUACCUCAAGGCGCUACAGCCCAUCAUCAGCGAGGAGGAGUGGGUCCAAACCAAGCAGCUGGUGGAAGAAUUUCAGACCGCAGGGGGCGUAGGGGAGCGGCUGCAGAAGGGGCUGGAGCGCAGGGCCAAGAAGAUGGAGAACUGGCUCUCCGAAUGGUGGCUCAAGACGGCCUACCUCCAGUACCGCCAGCCCCUCGUCAUCUACUCCAGCCCCGGCUUAGUGCUGCCCAGGCAGGACUUUGUGGAUCUGCAGGGACAGCUCCGGUUUGCUGCCAAAUUAAUCGAGGGUGUGCUGGAUUUCAAGACAAUGGUUGACAACGAGACCCUGCCCGUGGAGCACCUGGGGGGGAAGCCGCUGUGCAUGAACCAGUACUAUCAGAUCCUGUCUUCCUGCCGCGUGCCAGGCCCCAAGCAGGAUUCAGUCAUCAACUUCAAGACCAAGAAGUCGCCCACGCACAUCACGGUGGUGCACAACUACCAGUUCUUUGAGUUGGACGUGUACCACAGCGAUGGGACGCCUCUCACUUCGGAUCAGAUCUUUGUGCAGCUGGAGAAGAUCUGGAACUCGUCGCUGCAAACUAAUAAAGAGCCCGUGGGCAUCCUCACCUCCAACCACCGCAACUCCUGGGCCAAGGCGUACAGCACCCUCAUCAAAGACAAGGUGAACCGGGAGUCGGUGCGCUCCAUCCAGAAGAGCAUCUUCAUCGUGUGCCUGGAUGCACCCAUGCCUCGGGUCUCGGAAGACGUGUACCGCAGCCAGGUGGCUGGCCAGAUGCUGCAUGGGGGUGGCAGCAAGCUCAACAGUGGCAACCGCUGGUUUGACAAGACACUGCAGUUCAUCGUGGCAGAAGAUGGCUCCUGUGGGCUCGUUUAUGAGCACGCAGCAGCAGAGGGCCCCCCCAUCAUCACCCUCGUGGACCACGUCAUUGAGUACACGAAGCUGCCCGAGCUCGUGCGGUCUCCCAUGGUGCCCCUGCCCAUGCCCAAGAAGCUGCGGUUCAACAUCACCCCCGAGGUCAAGAGCGACAUCGAGAAGGCCAAGCAGAACCUCAGCAUCAUGAUCCAGGACCUGGACAUCAGUAUCACGGUUUUCCACCACUUUGGGAAGGACUUCCCCAAGUCAGAGAAGAUGAGCCCCGACGCCUUCAUCCAGAUGGCCCUACAGCUGGCCUACUACAGGAUCUACGGGCACGCAUGUGCCACGUAUGAGAGCGCCUCCCUGCGCAUGUUUCACCUGGGCCGUACCGACACCAUCCGCUCGGCCUCCAUGGACUCACUGACCUUUGUCAAAUCCAUGGACGACUCCAGUGUGGCGGAGCACCAGAAGGUUGAGCUGCUGAGGAGGGCCGUGCAGGCCCACCGAUCCUACACUGACCGGGCCAUCCGCGGGGAGGCCUUUGACCGGCACCUGCUGGGCCUGAAGCUGCAGGCCAUCGAGGACCUGGUGAGCAUGCCUGACAUCUUCAUGGACACCUCCUACGCCAUCGCCAUGCACUUCAACCUCUCCACUAGCCAGGUCCCCUCCAAGAUAGACUGCGUCAUGUCCUUCGGGCCCGUGGUCCCGGACGGCUAUGGCGUUUGCUAUAACCCCAUGGAGGCCCACAUCAACUUCUCCGUGUCAGCCUACAACAGCUGUGCCGAGACCAACGCUGCCCGCCUGACGCACUACCUGGAGAAGGCGCUCCUGGACAUGCGCGCUCUGCUGCAGAGCCACCCCCGGGCCAAACUCUGAGCCUCCCGAGCUCGGGCCUGCCAGCGCCACAGCCAAGCCACCUCCGGGUGGGCCACCCACCAGGGCUCCACUCUUUGCUCCCUCUCCCCUUGGGCCUCACGGAUUAGACCGAGCCAGGAAUGGCACCCCCUAGUGGGGCCGGCAGGCCUGAGCCAAGUGCCUUCCAUGAGUCAUCCCAGCACCUGCAGGGGCCACGUCCUGGGCUGUGUUCAGAGGCUGAGCAGGACGUAGGCCUAGGCACUCGGUGCAUCACCCACAUAGGCCUUCCUCUGGGGAAAGGAACCAGCUGAGCCCAUCCCCCACCAGGGUGGGAGACCAGGAAGUCCUUUUCUUGAUGGCUCAGCUCUGGCCAGUUCUUACCAUUUGCACGGCCAGGCCAGGUCUGACCUGAGUCCCCGAGCUCCCAAGGACCUAAAGACAGGGCUGCCUGGAGCGGGGGCUCGAGUCCUCUCCAAGCUGAGAGGCCAGGGUACGGGGUGUGCUGGAAAAGGGAAGGGGACGCCCGGGGCCUCGCCCAGCCCGCCUUGGCCCGUGGGGCCAUCUCCCGCUGGGCAGCCAUGCUCUUUUGGAGAAUGUGGCUCAAGAGCCCUGGCUCUCUCGCUUCUACUCGGCUUGAUUCCUGAACCACAUUUCUAAUUGUACGAUAACACGCAAGGUAAUUAAUAAAGGGGAAAUUUGUUGUCGAA